CUCUCCUCUCGAACUCCCCCCCUUCCUCCCCCCCUCCCUCACGCCAUCCUUACUUCUCCGACAUCAAACCCUCGUCCCCAAAUUCCCCAUGGCGAAGCCCUCGAAUUCCGAGGAUAUAUCCGAGGAAACCCCCUCCAACAGCUCGAUCUCCUCCUCCGAGGAGGAAAAGAACGAGGCCGACGCGAACCAGGAAGAGGAGGAGGACGAGGAGCUCGAAGCCGUCGCCGGGAUGGCGAGCCCCGACGACGAGGAGUUCGGAGGUGACGGCGAUGACUCGACGGAGGACGAUGAGGCCGUCGCGGAGCCAAACGAUGAAGCAGACGAGGCUGGGGAGCCAUCUGUAAAUGCUGAAAUUGGAAAGCGCGAGAGAGCCAGGCUAAGAGAGAUGCAGAGGCUGAAGAAGCAAAAGAUUCAAGAAAUUCUGGCCCAACAAAAUGCUGCCAUUGAUGCUGACAUGAACAAUAAAGGUAAAGGACGGCUUAAGUAUUUGCUGCAACAGACUGAGAUAUUUGCUCAUUUUGCAAAAAGUGUACAAUCUGCAUCAGAGAAGAAGCAAAGAGGAAGGGGGCGCCAUGCAUCAAAAUUAACUGAGGAGGAAGAGGAUGAAGAAUGCCUUAAGGAGGAAGAAGGUGGUUUCUCUACUGCAGGAGGGACACGUUUGGUUUCACAACCAUCUUGUAUACAAGGAAAAAUGAGGGAUUACCAACUGGCAGGAUUAAAUUGGCUGAUAAGGUUGUAUGAAAAUGGAAUCAAUGGAAUUCUAGCUGAUGAAAUGGGUCUUGGGAAAACAUUGCAAACCAUCUCUCUACUGGGCUAUUUGCACGAGUUCAGAGGGAUUACAGGCCCUCAUAUGGUGGUAGCACCAAAAUCUACCCUUGGCAACUGGAUGAAAGAGAUUCGCCGCUUCUGUCCUGUUUUGCGUGCUAUAAAGUUUCUUGGAAACCCAGAUGAAAGGAAAUAUAUAUGCGAUAAUUUAUUAGUGGCUGGGAAGUUCGAUGUAUGUGUAACUAGUUUUGAAAUGGCCAUCAAAGAGAAAAAUGCCCUAAGACGCUUUAGUUGGCGUUAUGUUAUUAUUGAUGAAGCUCAUCGGAUAAAAAAUGAAAACUCUCUUCUUUCUAAAACAAUGAGACUCUAUAAUACAAACUAUCGUCUUCUUAUUACGGGAACACCGCUUCAGAAUAAUCUUCAUGAGCUGUGGUCUCUUCUUAAUUUUCUACUCCCUGAGAUUUUUAGUUCAGCAGAAACCUUUGAUGCAUGGUUUCAAAUAUCUGGGGAAAAUGAUCAGCAAGAGGUUGUCCAACAACUUCACAAGGUUCUUCACCCAUUUCUCCUCCGAAGGCUUAAAUCUGAUGUUGAAAAAGGUUUACCUCCAAAAAAGGAAACUAUACUCAAAGUAGGAAUGUCCCAGAUGCAGAAGCAGUAUUACCGUGCUCUGCUUCAGAAAGAUCUGGAGGCCAUUAAUGCUGGAGGAGAACGUAAACGUCUUCUAAACAUAGCUAUGCAGCUGCGUAAAUGUUGUAAUCAUCCAUAUCUGUUCCAAGGUGCGGAACCUGGCCCACCUUAUAUGACAGGAGAACAUCUUGUCACAAAUGCGGGAAAAAUGGUUCUUCUAGAUAAAUUGCUGCCCAAGUUAAAAGAGCGUGAUUCCAGAGUUCUAAUUUUUUCACAGAUGACUAGACUUCUGGAUAUAUUGGAGGAUUAUUUAAUGUUUCGCAGAUACCAAUACUGUCGCAUUGAUGGUAAUACUGGUGGGGAAGAACGUGAUGCUUCUAUUGAAGCCUUCAAUCGGCCAGGGAGUGAAAAGUUCAUUUUCUUGCUCUCAACCAGAGCUGGUGGCCUGGGGAUUAACCUUGCCACUGCAGACGUUGUUAUUCUUUAUGACAGUGAUUGGAAUCCUCAAGUUGAUUUGCAAGCACAAGAUCGUGCCCACAGGAUUGGUCAAAAAAAAGAAGUUCAAGUGUUCCGUUUCUGCACGGAGUACACUAUCGAAGAAAAAGUGAUUGAGAGGGCAUAUAAGAAACUUGCACUUGAUGCUUUAGUGAUCCAACAAGGUCGGUUAGCAGAGCAGAAAACUGUUAAUAAAGAUGAAUUGUUGCAAAUGGUGAGAUUUGGUGCUGAAAUGGUCUUCAGCUCCAAGGAUAGCACAAUAACAGACGAGGAUAUUGACCGUAUCAUAGCUAAAGGAGAGGAGGCAACAGCUGAGCUCGAUGCUAAAAUGAAGAAAUUUACGGAAGAUGCCAUCAAGUUUAAAAUGGAUGACACUGCUGACCUUUAUGAUUUCGAUGAUGAGAAGGAUGAUAACAAAAUUGACUUCAAGAAACUUGUCACGGAGAACUAUGUUGAACCUUCAAGGAGGGAGAGAAAACGAAAUUACUCAGAUGUUAAUUACUUCAAGCAAGCGUUGCGGCAAGGUGGUCCGGCAAGAGCAAAAGAGCCCCGGAUUCCUCGCAUGCCUCAGUUACAUGAUUUUCAGUUUUUCAACACAAAGAGGUUGAGUGAAUUGUAUGAAAAAGAAGUGCGGUAUCUUAUGCAUACACAUCAAAGGAAUCAGUCAAAAGACACAUUUGGUGAUGGUGAUGAACCUGAAGACUUGGGUGAACCCUUGACUGGGGAGGAACAGGAAGAAAGGGAGCAGUUGCUAGAAGAGGGUUUUUCAACAUGGACAAGGAGAGACUUCAAUACAUUUAUUCGGGCAUGCGAGAAGUAUGGCCGCAAUAACAUAAGGGGUAUAGCUUCUGAAAUGGAGGGCAAAACAGAAGAGGAGGUAGAAAGAUAUGCUAAAGUCUUCAGAGAGAGAUACACGGAAUUGAAUGAUUAUGAUAGGAUAAUCAAGAGCAUAGAAAGAGGGGAGGCAAGAAUCUCUCGCAAGGAUGAGAUAAUGAAGGCAAUUGGGAAAAAGUUAGAUCGAUACAAGAAUCCUUGGUUAGAAUUGAAGAUUCAGUAUGGCCAAAACAAAGGGAAGUUGUACAAUGAAGAAUGUGACCGCUUCAUGUUAUGCAUGGUUCACAAACUUGGAUAUGGGAAUUGGGAUGAGCUGAAAGCAGCAUUCCGCUCUUCGCCCUUAUUCCGGUUUGACUGGUUUGUGAAGUCCCGCACCACUCAAGAGCUUGCCAGGCGCUGUGAUGCCCUCAUCCGCCUGUUGGAGAAAGAAAAUCAGGAAUAUGAUGAGCGGGAGAGACAAGCUCGCAAAGAUAAAAAACUUGCUAAGAAUGUGACACCAUUCAAGCGGUCCAUGUUAAGGCCACCAGCUAUGGAAAACCCUGUGCUGGCUUCAUUCAAGAGACGGAAGCAACUGGGGAUGAAUGACAAUGCAGUCUCGGGGGGAAGGAGGAGGAGGGGAUGAUUUUAGUUAAGAGUCAACUGCUGCUUUUUGAAGUUCAGGACCAAAGACAUCCUGGAAAUAUAGGCGAGUAUUCUAGUUGUAGCACAUUGCUCAUUUUGCUGAAUGCAGGGGCUUAACAUGACCUUCUCCAAAUAUAUUAGCAAACACUGUCUUCCCGUCUCCAGACAAAUGCUGGCUGUAGCAUCUGUAAUUUGCCAUUCUAAAGGUGAUAUCUCAUAAUGUGGUCAUACUAAAGGUUAGCCCCCUUCCAUCCGUUUUUGUUGUUCAGGAGUGUAUUAUUUUGAAUGCUGGGGAAUCCAAAAUAUAUUCUAUUAUAGCGUUUUUCUUGGAUCUCGAAA